UCCUUGCUCACGCCUGAGGAUGGGGGAGAUCGAAGGCACCUACCGAGCCCUGCAGACGCCGGGAACGCGUCUGGGGGCCCAGACAAUGCCCGGGGUCGUGAGCACCCUGGAGCUGGGCCAGAGUCUCGGCGCACCCCGCGUGUCCACGGCCGCCAGCACGCGGGAGAAGCUCCUUCCUGUGUGCGUGAAGCUGCUGGACGACACCGUGGAGACAUUCGACAUCGAGCCCAAGAGCCACGGCCAGGCGCUGCUGACCGCCCUGUGGACGCGUCUGAACCUGGUGGAAAGCGACUACUUCGGCCUGGAGUUCCAGAAUGUCCCGUCGCACUGGAUUUGGCUCGAACCCACGAAGCCCAUCUCGAGACAGAUCCGAAGGCCGAGGAACACGGUGCUCCACCUGGCGGUGAAGUUCUUCCCGCCCGACCCCGGCCAGCUGCAGGAGGAGUACACCCGGUACUUGUUUGCCUUGCAGCUGAAGCGAGACCUCCUGGAGGGCCGUCUGACGUGUGCGGACACCACCGCCGCACUGCUGACCGCCCAUCUCCUGCAGGCCGAAAUUGGCGAUUAUGAUGAAACCCUGGAUCGAGAACACCUCAAAGGCCACCAGUACCUGCCCAGCCAGGAACGCUCUCUGGAGAAGGUUCUGGAAUUCCAUCGGAAGCACAUGGGCCAGACGCCGGCCGAGUCCGACUUCCAGGUGCUAGAGAUCGCCCGCAAGCUGGAGCUGUAUGGUGUGAGGCUGCACCCCGCCGCCGACCGGGAGGGUGCCAGGAUCAGCCUCGCCGUGUCCCACAUGGGGGUCCUGGUGUUCCAGAGCACAACCAAAAUCAACACUUUCAACUGGUCCAAGGUCCGCAAACUGAGCUUCAAGAGGAAGCGGUUUCUCAUCAAACUCCACCCCGAGGCCCACGGGCCGCACCAGGACACACUGGAGUUCCUGAUGGGGAGCAGAGACGAGUGUAAGAACUUCUGGAAGAUCUGUGUGGAGUAUCACACCUUCUUCCGGCUGCUCGACCAGCCCAAGCCCAGAGCGAAAACCGCCUUCUUCGGCAGAGGCUCCUCCUUCAGAUACAGUGGGCGGACUCAGAAGCAGUUGGUCGACUACGUGAGAGACGGUGGGGUGAAGAGAGUUCCCUACGAAAGGAGACACAGCAAGACACGGCUGUCUGUCCAGGAGCUGCCCCGGCAGGCUCAGGCCCACCAGGGCACUCUGGCCAUAGUGACCAUGCGUGACCGGGCACUGGCCUUAGUGACCACAUGUGACCGGGCGCUGGCCUUAGUGACCACACGUGACCGGGCGCUGGCCUUAGUGACCACACGUGACCGGGCGCUGGCCUUAGUGACCACACGUGACCGGGCACUGGCCUUAGUGACCACAUGUGACCGGGCGCUGGCCUUAGUGACCACAUGUGACCGGGCGCUGGCCUUAGUGACCACACGUGACCGGGCGCUGGCCUUAGUGACCACACUUGACCGGACCACAGCCCUCCCCGAGGCCUCGAGGACGCCUGUGGCCUCCGGCCUCUUCUCCAUCCCUGCGUGCCCCCUGGCCCCCGCUGGCCUGCCCGACUUCAAGGACCACGGCUGUCCCCCAGCGGCGGAGAGGAGUGGAGCUGCCGGCCGGGCCCAGCCCCCCGGCGCCCCCGAGCCACAGCCAGGCCCAGGCGUGGGGGGCGGCCCCGGCUUCACGCUGGCAGGCACCCCCCUGCAGGUGUCCGAGGAGUUCAUAGACGACGACCCGGCCGAAAUCUCGUUCUUUGCCGGCGGCUCCGAGGCGUUCGCCUUCCCCUUUGGCAGCAGGAGUGGCGCCUCUUCGAGGGCCCCGGCCCUGGGCAGCCGCCCUUGCUCUGCGCGGUCCAGCCCGGACAGGUACUCCACGGAGGCCGUGCACCUGGACGCCGACAGCUGCGACUCGGAGGGGGAGCACGCCGCGGACUCCCCGGGCCUCCUGCGGGGGCCGCCCAGCCCCUCGGACACCGGCUCGCUCCGGAACAGCCCGUCCCCGAGCCCGAGCGGCUCCCUGGGCCGGCUGCCGCUCAGCCUGUCCCUGCACACGCCCAGCUCGGCCGGCCAGUCCGAGGCCAGCUCCAUGGCCAACUUCCCCGCCUGCUCCGUGCGCUCCGAGUCCAGCUCCGCCUUCCAGUUCUCCGACAUCGUGGACCAGCUGGAGCAGCUCAGCUGCCCGCCCACGGCGGCCGAGAGCCCCAGCAGCAGCGAGGCCGAUUCCUGGGGCUCCGAGCCCGAGGCCCCGCUGGACAUCAGCCUCUUCCUCGGCCACCGCUUCGCACAGCCCAUGGGCGAGAGGCUGGCCGCCGGCUGGCUGGGCGGCGGCACUAGCGUGGCCCCGGGGGAGUGGUCGGUGGUCAGCCGCCACCACAGGUCUGACCCGACCGACGCCAGGCUCCUCCCUGAGUGCUGUGCGGCCACUGCCCAGUUAGCCCAGGCCGCCUGGCCCGAGGACGGCUCUGGCCUCUUCACCCAUCGCUGCGAGGGCCCAGGAAUGCCGCAGACCCCAGCAGCGUUCACGCCGCGGGCUCCAGUGUGGGACCGAGUGUCAAAAAGGCACGACGGGGAGGACGGCCAGGACAGGCUCCGCGGAGAGCAGCCCCGCGGUGUGCCCAGCGGCUCCGCCUUGCCGGUGCUGUGCUGCCUGUCCCCCCUCAGGGACAGGGUGGCCCAGGAAGGGGGUCCACGCGGCAGCGGGGACCGCCUUUCUGUGGACAGCCCUUGGCCUCCCUCCGCCCGGAAGAGCCCCCCGAGCCUGGGCCCCCUCGAGCAGAGUCCGUCCCCCCUCCUGAGCCCGGGGCUCAGCGAUGCUGGCGGAGCCGGAACAGACAGCGGCGAGGACGAGGCGAGUCCCAAGAGCGUGACAGCGGACGAAGCCCUUUUCAUUGCCAAGGAGAUUCUUGCCACAGAACGAACAUUCCUGAAGGACUUAGAAGUCAUCACUGUGUGGUUCCGCAGUGCCGUGACCCAGGAGGAGGCCAUGCCCACCGAGCUGAUGGCACUGCUCUUCUCCAACAUGGAUCCCAUCUACGAGUUCCACAGAGGCUUCCUGCGUGAGGUGGAGCAGAGACUGGCACUCUGGGAAGGACUUUCCAUCACCCAGGAGACACACAGUCAUCAGCGAAUUGGCGACGUGUUGCUCAGGAACAUGCGUCAGUUAAAGGGACUCACCAGCUACUUCCAAAGGCACGACGAGGUCCUGACGGAACUGGAAAAGGCCACCAAGCGCUUCAAGAAGCUGGAGAUGGUGUCCAAGGAGUUCGAGCUCCAGAAAGUCUGCUACUUGCCUCUCAACAGCUUCCUGCUGAAACCCCUCCAGCGGCUGGUCCACUACCGCCUCCUGCUGGGCCGGCUGUGUGGGUGCUGCCCUCCGGGGCACCACGACUCGGCCGACUGCCAGGCUGCCCUCAAGACCAUCACAGACAUGGCCUCCAGUCUCCGGCCCAGCCUUGAGCGACUAGAGAACCUUCAGAAGCUGACGGAGCUGCAGCGAGACCUGGUUGGUGUCGAGAACCUUGUCAGCCCCGGCAGGGCGCUCAUCCGUGAGGGCAGCCUCUACAAGCUCACCAAGAGGGGCCUGCAGCAGAGGAUGUUCUUUCUGUUCUCCGACGUGCUGCUGUACACGAGCCGAGGCCUCUCGGGCAGCGGCCACUUCCGGACCCGAGGCCUCCUCCCACUUCGAGGCACGCUGGUGGAGGAGAGUGAGAACGAAUGGUCCAUCCCGAACUGCUUCACCAUCUGCACGCCGCAGAAGGCCAUUGUGGUGGCAGCCAGCACUGAGCUGGAGAAGGAAAAGUGGACGCGAGACCUGAACGCCGCCAUCGAGGCUGCCAGCCGCAGCAGAGGGGACGCAGCCCCGGCCCUGCCCGGCACCACGGGCUCUCUUCCCCACGAGCCGUCCGACGCGCUGUCUCCGGAGCACGGCCCCCCGGAGGCGCAGGCCCAGCCCCGGGCCAACACCACGGCGCACGUGUGCUGGUACCGGAUCGCCAGCGUCUCCCGGGCCGACCGCAGCGCUGCCAUGGAGAACCAGCUCUCAGGCUACCUGCUGAGGAAGUUCAAGAACAGCGAAGGCUGGCAAAAGCUCUGGGUGGUCUUCACCGACCUCUGCUUGUUCUUCUACAAAACCCACCAGGACGACCACCCCCUGGCCAGCCUCCCCCUGCUGGGCUACAGAGUGAGUGUGGCCGGAGCUGCCGAUGGCAUCCGCAAGGAGCACGUCUUCAAGCUGCAGUUCAAGGGCCACGUCUACUUCUUCCGGGCCGAGAACACGUACACGUUCAGGAGGUGGAUGGAGGUCAUCGAGACGGCCAGCAGUGCUCCCGGGGAGGCUGGGGCCCCCCCAGACUGACCCGCCUAGACGAGGACGAGGGUGACCGAGGAAGCAGGGCGGAGCCCCUCGCCUGAGUCCCCCAGAGCGUGCGGUGACCUGAGGGCAGGACUGGGGACCCGGAGGGAGGAGACACGCAGAAGGGCGGUGCU